GUUCUUCCAAAUCACUGAAAUCGUGAAAUCACUCACCUGAGUAGAUCUGAUGAAUUGAAAUUUGUGUUCUAAUAACACUACGUUGAUUUUGAUUUCUAAAAUGUUGGAUUUUUUUGCUAUUUUUACCAAAGGAGGUAUCGUUUUAUGGUGCUUCCAAAGUACUACUCAAAAUUUCACAGCUUCUGUUAACGCCUUAAUUAAAAAUGUUAUUCUUCAGGAAAGAGGAAUUAACACUUUCAACGAUAACAGGCUGUCUCUUCAAUAUAAAUUAGAUAAUGAAUUUGACUUGGUUUUCAUUGUUGCAUAUGAUAAAAUCCUCAAGCUCUCAUAUGUUGAUAAAUUUUUGAACGAUAUACAUUUGGAAUUUAGGGAUAAAUAUAAAAAUGAAUUGGCCAGAGCGGAUUAUUUUCAGGACUAUAGCUUUAGUGAAGGAUUCAAUUCAACACUGAAAAAGGCAGAAAAAUGGUCUAAGCAACAAGAACAGUUACCAAAGCAAAUGAAAACUUUUGAACAGUCGAGUAAAUCGAAGAAAACAGUAUCUUCCAUGAUUGAAAGGAAAGGAGAAGAAAAGAACACAUCUCAGAAGAAAAAGGAAGUGAACUUUGCAUCUGAAGAAGUUCAGACACUACCAGAUUCGCCAAAACAGAAAUUACAAAAUGGUCAAUUGGACGAGGAAACACUGGCAGCAAAUAGAUUGAAAUUUGCCCAAAAAAUGAAUAAAAAAAAGCAAGAUCCGAAGAAAAGUCCCAAAAGCCCUGUAACUGAAAAAGAAAGGGCUGGUAAGAAACCAAGAAUCUGGGAGCUCAGUGGUUCUAAUAAGGAUUUAGGCUCUUUAGAGAGAACUACAGAUAAACCAGAAGAUAUGAAGAGUCAUUUCACACCAGACACAGAGAUUGUUGGGCAAAUGAAAGGAGUUAUUAAAGAUUUAGAAGUAGAGUCUUCAGAUGAGGAAUAUAUUGAAGAGGAAAAGGAAACAAACCAAACUUCAAGUAAAGGUGGCAUGUUUUCAAUUUUCAAAGGCUUAGUGGGUUCUAAGAGUUUGACAGCUAGCGAUAUGAAACCUGCAUUGGAAAAAAUGAAGGACCACUUGAUAGCUAAAAAUGUGGCAUCUGAUAUAGCUAGCAAAUUAUGUGAUUCUGUUGCGAAUAAACUUGAGGGAAAGGUCCUUGGUACUUUUGAGAGUAUUGCUUCGACUGUUAAAAACACAUUGAAUGAUUCCCUUGUUCAAAUCUUAAGUCCUAAAAGGAGGGUGGAUAUUUUGAGGGAUUGUCUAGAGGCACAGAGGCAAAGGAGACCAUUUGUGAUGACUUUUUGUGGGGUUAAUGGUGUUGGAAAGUCAACAAAUCUUGCAAAGAUUUGCUUCUGGCUAAUCGAGAACAAUUUGAGGGUGCUGAUAGCUGCAUGUGAUACAUUCAGAGCAGGAGCUGUAGAACAGCUGAGAACCCAUAUGAAACAUCUGAAUGCUUUACAUCCACCUGAACGCCAUAACGGUCGUACAAUGGUUCAACUCUAUGAAAAAGGUUAUGGAAAAGAUGCAGCAGGAAUAGCAAUGGAAGCUAUCAAGUUUGCUAGGGAUUCUAGUUUUGAUGUUGUCUUGGUCGAUACUGCAGGAAGAAUGCAGGAUAAUGAGCCUUUGAUGAGAUCCUUAACAAAGCUAAUUAAAGUUAACGAACCCGAUCUGGUUUUGUUUGUUGGUGAGGCUUUAGUGGGAAAUGAAGCUGUGGAUCAAUUGGUUAAAUUCAAUCAAGCAUUAGCAGAUUACUCUUCAAAUUCCAACCCACACAUAAUAGAUGGGAUUGUUUUAACCAAGUUUGACACUAUUGAUGACAAAGUUGGCGCAGCAAUUUCUAUGACAUAUAUCACAGGUCAACCAAUCGUUUUUGUGGGAACAGGACAAACUUACACAGAUUUGAAAGCUUUAAAUGUCAAAGCUGUUGUUCACUCUUUAAUGAAAUGAAUUUUUAGCUUACAAUAUCAAUUUUGUUUUCUGAAGAUAUUUUCAGAACAAUUUUUUUAUAUGUUGUGUGAACCACUAGCUCAGCAGCAUCAUACCAUGCUUUCCAUAUUUCAAUUUUGAAAAUUUGUGAAAUAAAUCAUUUUGUGGUCGGUGAGUUACUACUGAAAAGUGUUCAAUUUGCAUUCCUUUAGCAACUUUAUGCUUCAAUAAUUUUGGUUUACCCCACCUAAUUUCUCAAAUUUUCUGUAUUUUUUCUCAAGAUUGAUUAUUUUUUUAUACAAGUAUUUGUUAUGGAUUUUGUUAAUUUAUAUAUUCGUUUCAGUAUGGGAAAAUGAAUAAAAUGUUUUUACAUUAAUAAUAAA